AAAAAACAAUCAGCGGAGCAGCGCGUCUAAGGUUAAGGCGUUUGGAGUAAGCUACCACAGCCCAAGAGCCCAACACCCUUCGUCUUCCUCUCAAUUCUAUGUGAGAGCCUCUGUGUGUGUGUGUGUUUGGCCUGGGAAUUCCACCAGUUCGUCGAUCGAUUCCAAUGGCGGACUCAACGGUGCAAGCUAGCAGAUCGAGAGACCUCGACAAGCUCCUACUCAGGCCCGGCCACCUUGUCGGCCCUAACUUCGAACCAGGCCCCGAAUUGAGAGACGACCUUCAGGAGUACGCCAGAGUGUUGGUGGUUGGCGCUGGUGGGUUGGGAUGUGAGCUGCUGAAGGACUUGGCUUUAUCGGGUUUCCGGAACCUGGAGGUCAUCGACAUGGACCGAAUUGAGGUCUCCAAUCUUAAUCGUCAGUUUCUCUUCAGGCUUGAAGAUGUUGGGAAGCCAAAAGCUGAGGUGGCAGCAAAACGUGUCAUGGAAAGAAUUGCUGGUGUGAAUAUUGUGCCUCAUUUUUGCCGUAUCGAGGACAAAGAGCUUGAUUUUUACAAUGAUUUCAAUAUUAUUGUUCUUGGUCUCGACUCUAUUGAGGCUCGGAGCUACAUAAAUGCCGUGGCUUGUAGCUUUUUAGAGUAUGAUUCUAAUGAUAAACCACUAGAAGAAACAAUCAAGCCUAUGGUAGAUGGCGGAACUGAAGGCUUCAAGGGCCAUGCUAGGGUAAUUGUCCCUGGGGUCACCCCAUGCUUUGAGUGUACCAUUUGGCUUUUCCCUCCUCAAGUGAAGUACCCCUUGUGCACUCUUGCAGAAACCCCUAGAACUGCUGCUCAUUGUAUUGAAUAUGCCCACUUAAUAAAAUGGGAUGAGGUUCAUAGUGGAAAGGCUUUUGAUCCAGAUAACCCUGAACAUAUGCAGUGGGUUUACUCAGAGGCUGUCAAGAGAGCGGAGCUUUUUGGCAUUCCAGGAGUUACAUAUUCUUUGACUCAGGGUGUUGUGAAGAAUAUUAUACCUGCUAUAGCUUCCACCAAUGCAAUUAUAUCAGCUGCUUGUGCACUAGAGACCUUGAAGAUUACCUCUGGAUGCAGCAAAACAUUGUCUAAUUAUUUAACGUAUAAUGGUGUUGAAGGCCUACACACUAAAGUGACUGAGUUUGUUAAGGACAUAGAUUGUCUUGCAUGUGGUCCUGGCAUUCUUAUUGAGCUGGUGACUUCAGUUACUUUGAGAAAGUUCAUUGAUUUACUUGAAGAGCACCCUAAGCUGCUUCUAUCCAGAGCAAGCAUUACACAUCGAGGGAAGAAUCUCUAUAUGCAGGCACCUCCAGUUCUGGAAGAGAUGACACGAUCAAAUCUUGAUUUACCGCUUUAUGACCUGAUGGAUAAAAACCCGAAAGGUAUUGUCCACGUGACUGGUACAACAAGCAAGAGUGACAAGAAAACAUCAGCUUUGAGGAAACUGCGGGUCGUCUUCAAGGGCGUUGACGGGGUUGCAGAUAUGGACACAGCUGGAGGGGCAUAGUUGAUUGGGUAUACUGUUUUGACUUCCUUGUUGGAUCUCAAACUCGAGCGGAGUUUUUCUCGCUCCCCCCAAUCAAAAUCCCACAAACCAAAAACAGAAAGAAAAUUGUGAUAGCGUAGAAAUGCAGGAACUGAUGGUUGAAAAUUGUAUGCCUUCUUUGUAAUACUUUCUUGAGAUGCCCUCCCGAAAGAAGCUUGAAGAAUUGCGUAUGGAUAACCAAGUAAAAUGGAAUACCAGAGAGUUUGUUUCAGCCAAUGUUUUGAACUAUGUGCUUACUGUUUUCUGGAGUUUAUUUCAAGAGAAGUUGGGAUGAA